UCUCUCUCUCUUCUCCACGUGCACAAUCAAACGCAACGGGGAGCGAUGCCCCGAUGCAUAACUAGUGUAUGCAUUUGUAAAUCCUCCGACGAACUUGGAACCUUUGAAAUGGCGGACAGUAAGGGCUCACCUCGACCGGGAACAACACAGACGACGAGGCAGCACUGCCCGCGGACUGCUGCGCCAUCAAGAACGGCUGCGUGUAGCUGGCAACCCUUGGGAAAAUCGUGCCUGCGGGCUAGAGGAGAAAAGAAACAACACCGCCUUUUUGGGCGCUCAUCCCGUGCCCUUGGUGCUCUACUACUGUGUUCCUUGAGUCACCCACCUCUCCUUCCUCCUCGUACAGUGUACAUGUCUGAUGUGUACAUUCACAGGGAGCUCCUCCGUCGCCAGUCGCCAAGCACGGGCCCGGUCGUGCCUGUUUUCGAAGUUCCGCCGCAGGUUUUCGACCGAUCACAGAUCAGAUCAGAAAACUGCGUACCUCAAAACCUUCCUGUCGUGAGAAAUCACUCCAUUCUGUCGGCCCCCCCCACCAUUUGUCUUUCGUGAGUUCUUGAGUCAGGUCGAGGUGUGUUCCCAGGUAUAACGGGUCAAGGUGUAAGGGCUGCGAGGGCGUUGGCGACCCUGAACGUCAGGAAGGGGCAGAGAAGGAGAGGAGCAAGCAGGGUUUGACAGGUACAUAGCAACACCGGCUGCUUGCUGCCGUCGAUGCUAGCAAAGAAUUCACCGCCGCUGCGGGAGAAAGACGAAACCGAGGUAUAUUCAAGACUACCAGCAGCAGCAGCAGCAGCAGCAGCAGCAGCAACAACAACAUGUCAACUAAGGAGGGUGCGGCGACGGCGGCGGCGGCUGCAUACAAGGAUAAGCAGGAGCAGGUGCUGAGGAUAGCGGCGUCCGACGUGGCUGCGGUUGCUGGUUUCCACCAAUGGGUCGAUGUGCGGGAAUUGCUCCUCGAGCGCUUGCUGUAUCAGGACCUCGACCACCUCCUGAGACUGGAUGCGGCAAACGUUGGCGCCGAGGUGGAGAAUAAACGGCAGCGGUCGGAGAGGCUCUUGUCCAAGGCCGGCAACGUGGAGCUGAAUGCAGUCCGGAAGAGGGCGGGUGACGGUGCUGCGAUCGACACUGUAAAGGACGCGCAAGCCCUGCGGGAAAAGGCCCGGUCCCUCCUGAAGGAAGCGGAGGUGAAGAAGAAGCUGUCCAAGGAAGAGGCGAAAGAGCUCGAGAACGACCUUCUCAAAGACAUCAACACGCAGUUCGGCACUCGAAAUGAGAACUUCGCGCUGGACGUAUACGAGCGACGAUGCGGGACGGAGGUCAUCUGCAGCAACGCGCGGAUUUUGGUUUGGCCUUUUCCAGGCAGCAAGAUCUCCGGAGAUUGUGUGCCCGACGGAGCACUCGAACCUCCGCCUGAGCUUAGCCAGGGGUGGACGAAGAGAGAAUCGCGACGAGGUUCCGGCCGUUCCUCAUCAGCAGCAGAGCCGGCAUUACCCGCUAGCGCCGCGCCCGAGGUCGCUGGACAAGGCCGAAAAGGACAAGGACAAGUUUUCUCGUCGACCAGGUGCUCCGACGGCCCUGCGGAUAGUGCCGCCGGUAGCGCUGAUAGUAACUGUAACGGUAGCGGCGUCAGGCGACCUGCAGAGGGGAAGCGGGAGGAGUCAUUGCCGGGCUUCGCUGCACGGUCAAGGAGAGGGUCGUGUUUGCCCCAGAAGGCGACUCCGUCGCCUGCGACCAUGAUGAUGACGGAGUCGAUGACUUACGGCGACGAUGCAACCGCUAGAGGCCAACAAGAAGAAUGCCGGAGGGGCAGCAUGGCGGCGACGUUACCGCCGGCGGUGGCGAUGGCGGAGACCGAGGACAAACGGAGUUCCAUGACGUCAUCCUCCACAAACGGAGGUUCGACCGCGAUCGCCUCUGAGGGAAGCAAUCUCGGCAGCAUCUGUAGCGCGAGUGGAACCACGUCGCCGCCGCGAGCAGCAGCAGCAGCAGCAGCAACGGUAGCAGUGGCAACGGCACCAGGGGCCACAAAGUCAAAGGCCGGUGUGAUGAACUUGGAGACCUUCGGGGGCGACGCGGUUUACGCGUGGGGGGAGGGCCCUGUCGAGCCAUCCAAACCAAAGAAAGAAGACGAAGCGGCAGCAGAAGAAGAAGAGCCGGAAGAAGAGGAGUGGUCGGUCUGGACCCGAGAUACGGAGGCGGUGAGCCCGCCGCCAUGUGAGGUAGGACCCCAGGACGGCGGUAACGGUAGCGCUGCGGGAAUGGAGGAGGAAUCAGCGAGGAGUGCUCCCGGGUGGGGGUCGAAGACGAUGAGGGAGAGGAGGAAGGAGGCGUGUUUUGUGGUCGUGGGAGCCGUGGACGGUGUCGCCGAGGAGGUGACCGAUGCCCCCGAGGACGCCGAGAGUUGGGAGACCAGGCGGGUGGUGGUGGAAGUGAAGAAUAGGAUGUACAAGGCGACCAAUCCUCCUCCACUCUACGACCAGAUCCAGCUUGUGACGUACAUGCUCAUGAUCGGGGCCAGCGUCGGCGACUUGGUGCAGUUCGUCAAGACCAGUGCUGGCCGCGUAAACGGCAAAAGAGGAGUUCCAAGGAAAGAGGCGCCGACGGCAGUUACAGCGACGGCAGACGAUGUGCUAGUGUCCCGGGUGGAGCUUGACUGCCGGACCUACCGCCACCGCAAGCACUGGGGACAGGUGGUCCUGCCUCGUCUCUAUGAGUUUGCCAGGAUGGUGUACAGGUUUAGGGGGGACGACCUCUUGAGGUGGCGCUACCUGCUUGCGACCCCGGAGGAGCAGCGGGAUAUGCUGGUGGAAUGCUGCCCUUACUUGGACAGCGUCAUCCCACGGGCGCCACCGGCAGCAGCAGCGGCGGCGGCGGCGGUGCCACCGUCUCUGCCCUCUCCAACCUCGGAUGCCCCCAAGACGGGCCUCAAGGCGACCGGCUUAGACGGUGGUGCAGCGGUCGCAGGAAACGCCUCCGCUGAUAGUCUCGGGUCGGCGCCUGGUGCGUCGGCCCCUGGUGCGGCCGAUACCGAGAGGAAGAAGGGCAAUGGGAAUGCGCCGAAGGGUAGCAGCAGCAGCAGCAGCAGCAGCAGCAGUAGCAGCAGCAGCAGCGGCGGCGGCAUGGCCGAGAGGGGUCGGGCGACCGGAGCUGAGUCUGGGGGGGGGCACGACGAGGGGGUCCCGCAGAAUCUUCCCGAGGCGGAGAGCAUGAACAGCAGUAGCGGCAACGGUAACGGCAGCACUGUGACCGUGCUCUCUCAGAAGAGCAAGCGAGGCGAAGGGUUUCUUGAACCUCUGGGAGAUGUGACUGAAGCGGUGGCAGCGGCGGCGGCGGCGGUAACGUCCCCUGCUCGCAAGAAAACCAAGGCCGAGCCGGCAACUGCCUCCGUCCCCCAAGGAGUGGCGCUCUAGACCGGUCGAUGACUGUGUAGUAGGCCCAGCAGCCGUUGCUUUCGGCGGAGGGUUGUCGGGAGCAGCUCAUUGGUUGGGUGUCCAACUUUGUUGGCCCGCAUACGUAUGAGGUAUGUCCAUUUUUGACGACCCGCCGGGGUGGGUUCUGCCA